AUAAAACCUUCCUCAUUGUCUACUUUGGAACAAACAUAGAUUGGGAUGGCAGAAGAGGAAUGCAAUACUAACCUCUCCCUUGCAAUAGAUGGUGGUCGACAAUUCAUGCCUGGCCACCGAUCCAAGCCUACCCUUCAUUUGCAGGUCCUGUUCCCACAUCAUCCGAAAGAAGAGGAGGAAGAAGAACCAAUAAGGAUACCGAGAUCGAAGAACACCGAAGAGGAGGAAGUUAUCAGUGGUAGAGACACCAGUAACUGCAGCAAUGACAAACUGUUUGGCACAAGAAAGAAGCUUAAGCUCACAAAAGAACAAGUAACAUUGCUGGAAGACAGAUUUAGAGAGCACAACACCCUUAAUACGGCUCAGAAGCAAGAUCUCGCUGACCGGCUAAAUAUACAAACAAGACAGGUGGAAGUCUGGUUCCAGAACAGAAGAGCAAGGACGAAGCUAAAGAAGAUUGAGGUGGACUAUGAAUGCCUCAAGAAGUGGUGUGAGAGCCUAAGUGAUGAGAACCGGAGGCUGAAGAAGGAGCUGCAGGAGCUGAGGUCUGCAAAUCCUGGAUCCCCAUUCUACAUGCACCUUCUCAAGGCAGCGACGCUGACCAUAUGCCCGUCCUGCGAGAGGAUGGCUGCUAUUGGUGGUGGCGCCGCCGGAAAGAGCACGAGCGCCUUCGACGGCAUGAAGGGCCAAUUGGUGCCUGUGAAGAAUGGGCUUCUCAGUCGACGAAACUAAGCCAUAGGUGAUCUCAGAAUAACA